UGCAUUUGCAUCCCUGCAAUAAAAAUGCAAUGCUUGUCAAGAUCUCUUCAAACUGUCCUGUUUCUGUUCUCAUUCCUCAUCGAAGGACAAGCAAUGCGCACCAUGUUGUCCCUCCCUCCCUCUUCUCUCUCCCUAGAAAGAGCUCCAUGUCGCCCAGAUCAAAAGUCUGAUUUGCUUCACUUCCGGAAUGCUUUAAUAUCAGAUAAUUCCACGUCGGUUUUCUGCCAACUGGAUAUUGGUUGGCUCAGGAAACCAAAGAUGCUCUCCUGGAAUGUUGCAUCGGAUUGUUGCUCAUGGGAUGGAGUCAUAUGCGAUCCGAUGACAGGUCAUGUGACUCACCUUCAACUUGGCUGCUCACCUCCGAACCCGACCUGCUACUCUUCUGCAGGGUCUUCAAACAGCAGCAAACCUUCUACCCUUGGUUUACUCAAUCUUCCUUCGCCACAGGAAGCUGAAAGACCAUCGAGGUCAAACAAGCUGCUUCAAAACCUGACCGAAUUGAGAGUCCUUGCUCUUGACGGGUUAAACCUGUCUGGCAUUGAUGUGAAUCGCUUAAUAAAUCUCUCUCCAUCUCUGGAAGUCCUCAGCCUCAGUCAUUGUAAAUUGCGGGGCAUAUUAACAGCAAACAUUUUCGUUUUGCCAAAGCUGACAUGUCUCAAUUUAUCAGGCAACAAGGUGCUUUCUGGUUACUUACCUGAAUCAACUUGGAACAGCUCUUUGAAGGUUUUGGACUUGUCCUCCUCAGGCUUCUCUGGAGUAUUACCAGAGUCCAUUGGCGACCUGCAUUCUCUGCAGAUACUUUGGCUGAACCGGUGCAGCUUCACAGGCUCUAUUCCAUCAUCACUUGGUAACCUAACAUGGCUCACCCAUCUGGGACUUUCGUAUAAUGAGUUUAGUGGGCAGGUUCCUCCAACAUUGUCAAACCUUGAUCAGCUCAGUUUGCUCGAUCUUUCCUCGAACAAUUUCAUAGGUCCAAUACCCAAUGUCUUUGACAAUAAGACACAACUUCUUUUUCUAGAUUUCUCUCAUAAUCUCUUCACUGGUCCUAUUCCUCCAAGCACAAAGAAUCUUUCAAAUCUUGCCCGACUUGAUAUUUCCAACAAUCUCAUUGGUGGGUUUAUACCAUCAUCAUUGUUCUCUCUUCCGUCCUUAAUGAGCCUGGACCUCAGUAACAAUGGGCUCAGUGGCCACAUCGGUGAGUUCUUUGCUGCAUCCCCAUUAGAACAUGUUGACCUGAGUGGUAAUCAGUUGCGUGGCUCAGUCCCGAGCUCAAUUUUUCAGCUUAGGAACCUCACUUAUCUGAGCAUCUCAGCAAAUAACCUGACCGGUGUCUUAGACCUACAAUUGCUCUCAAGACUCGAAAGUGUAACAAAUCUCGAUCUUUCAGACAACAUUUUAUCACUGAGCAAUAGUGAAAACACUGAGCAUGUCCUGCCGAGCCUCUCGUCCAUCAGUAUUUCUGGGUGCCAAAUUACAGAAAUCCCUGCAUUCUUGAGAAAUUCAACCAGCAUAGAAUGGAUAGAUCUGUCUAGAAACAGAAUCCACAGCGAUAUUCCAUCAUGGGUGUGGGAUAUUGGGGCCACAUCAUUGUCUUAUCUCAAUCUCUCCCACAACUUUCUCACUAGCUUUGAACAAGUUCCUUGGAAAAAUCUUAUAAUUCUCGACCUGCAUUCGAAUUUGAUCCAAGGGCCAGUUCCACCUCCAUCAUUCCCACAUUCAAUUAUUGUCUUCUCGCUAGCUAGCAAUCGAUUGACUGGCUUUAUCCCUGGUUCUAUUUGUGAAAUGAAGGGCCUACAAGUUCUUGACCUCUCUCAUAACAAUUUCACAGGCAUGAUCCCACAAUGUCUAAAGAACGUAAGUAACAGCCUCUUAGUGUUGGAUAUGCAAGAGAAUGGACUUUCUGGCACAAUUUCCCUAACGUUCACUAAAGAUGCAGCCCUGAGAAGUCUUCACCUUAAUGGAAAUCAAUUUGAAGGCCCGUUGCCACGCUCUCUAAUCAAUUGCAAGCAACUUGAGAUGCUGGAUCUCGGGGGCAACAAGUUGAAUGACACUUUCCCUGAUUGGUUGGAGACACUUCCCAGCUUGCAAGUCUUGGUCUUGCGAUCAAACAGACUUUGUGGCCCUAUAAGCAGCCCCAGAACUGAAUUUUCCUUUUCAAGGUUGCGCAUUCUCGACCUUUCCUUCAAUGAUUUCACGGGUCCUUUGCCUAGUGCCUUCUUUGCAAACCUGAAAGCAAUGAUAUCAAAUGAUCAGAAUGGAUCAGAGCGGCGAUACAUGGACCGAGGUUACUACCAGGAUUCCAUGAUUGCAACAAUGAGAGGACAGGACAUGCCGAUUGCUAGAAUCCUAGUGAUCUUGACGACCAUUGAUCUAUCAAGCAACAAGUUCAGGGGAAAAAUUCCUGAUGUGAUGGGAGAGUUAAGAUUACUCAAGGGGCUUAACCUCUCUCACAACAGUCUUGAAGGCCACAUCCCUUUGCCUCUCGGGAACCUUUCCGAGCUUGAAUGGUUAGAUCUCUCUUCAAAUGAACUUAGCGGGAUGAUACCAAUCGAAUUGACAAAUCUCACGUCUCUAGAGGUCCUAAAUGUCUCUUCCAAUCAACUAACAGGAUCGAUUCCUCAAGGACGCCAAUUCAACACGUUUCAAGCUGAAUCCUAUCGUGGAAACCCAGGAUUGUGUGGAUUUCCACUGUCCAAAGCUUGUACUAAUUACAAGGCUCUGCGGAAACUCCCCGUGCAUCCUGAAGGCAGGGUCCAUUCAUUCCGUGCGGAUUUUCUUGAGCCAAGGGUUGUGGAAAUAGGAUUAGGAUGCGGCAUCUUGCUCGGAUUGUUCAUGAGAAUUUUGAAAAACCUUAUCUCUAUCCGGCAGGCAAACAGGUAUUUUAGGAAGAUUGCGAGGAAAGACAGUUCUCCGGUAGGGCCUUGACACCAUACACCAGAUGAGAGCUGAGGUUGCUGAUCUGUGAAUCCGUACAGCUGGGGGUGUCAAAGAUACCCGAACCGAAAAUUUCGGGUCUCAUUCGGUUCGGGAGACAAUUUAAAAUGACGGGGUAUACCCGAACCGAAAAGGUCUGCCUCCGUUGCCCUCUCCGCCACCAUCCAACGGACCUCCAUCGGCGGCGCCUCCUCUAGAUUGACCCGAAGUGCUCCCCAUCGACUCUGCCGGAGCCGUCGUGCAUGGUGGUUUUAGCUUUUUUGGCAGUCCAGCUCCGGAUUCGUCCAUGGACGCCGAGAUCUUGAUGUGCUCGACUGUGUUUCUUUCCUCCGUAAAUCUCGAUUCAUGGAUCCGUGGGUCUGUCUCACUGUUUUCAAGUUCCGUAAAUACACUGUAAAUGGCGAAAGUUCAAGGACUCACCUUCCCUGGAUUGGCCUCUGUUUAUCUCCUCCCAUGGGGGUUUCAAGCAUGUCCGGUCAAAUCUCUCUCUCUCCCCCCUCAUUGUUAAAUGUAUCAAAUGUUUGACUCACAUCAAGAAUCUGAACUGGGAAUUUUUCA